AUGGCCAGCAACAUCAUCGGCAACAGGAACAGCACCCCGGAGGCGUCUAAAACCUCACUUCGCCCACCCACCUCCAGGACCAUCGGCACAUCCGGGUCUCAUACCCAACCUGUCCGUUCUUCUGCCGACAUGUCUUUUGCCUCUCCCCUCUCGGCACGUACCAUGCGCCCCGCUUCCGAAGUCUUAUACAACCAACAGUCUCAGCAAGGCAGCAUGGAUGAUUCGAGCAAGUUGGGGGAACAAUGGAUUCAAGACAUUGAACAAUACGAAACCAUGCUAGAAGAGAUGGCUGCUGCGACAUUGGAUCAGGACUUCAAAGACGAGUUGAGUGCCAUUGAGCAAUGGUUUCGAGUCCUGAGCGAGGCUGAGCGCACGGCUGCCACCUAUGCCUUGAUUCAACAGACCACCCAAAUGCAGCAACGAUUCUUUGCUCAGGUUUUGAACCAGAUGUCCAAAAGCCAUCCCAUUUCCGGCGUUCUCUCACCUGCAAAUUUUGGAGAAAAAGAUGCUAUGUCCAGCCGCCUCAGCGAUGCCAUGUCCAAGUUGAAUGUGGAUGACCGGAGAACGUCUCUAACUCGACCACCAGUCUCCCCUGCCGGUAAUAAGCGUAACUCAGGCUUGGACCAAUCCACCAUCCACGCAAUGUUUCCUGACGCUGUCGCCGCAAUUCAGCAGCAAAAGGCCGAGUACGCUCAACAGACAGGCAACCCGCCGCCAUCAAACAGGAACAGCAUGGUUGUAGGAGAUCGCAGCUCAUUAGUGGCCCCAACCAUAGCGGCCCCGAGAGAGUCCAAGACAGAUGCCAUGAGUUGGCGUCAGGGCGGUGGAGAUGGCCAGCAGCCUCCCAUAUCCAGACCCAAAUCCUCAUCUGGCCACCAGGGUCAGCAUCAGCCGAUGGGUCAGUUCAGUCAACCCCCGUCGUCUGGGGCUCUUCGCUCUCCGCGUCCAUUGGGAGCUUCCGGCGGCAACAUUCAAAGCACCACUUUGACUGCCCCGGACCCUGUAUCGAGUGAGAUGCCACUUCUGUCUCCUUACAACGUAGGGAACCAGAGUUGGGCGUCAAUGACCAAUACCCCAAUGGUCCCCAACUUCAGCCAAGCUCAGUCUCAUAGCGAAAUGGUGGCCAAUGCAACUGCCAUGAAACUCGCUGCCCUGUCCACCGUCAACAACAGAAUUGCUCUGGACGAUGUCAAGAAGUACCGUCGUGCCAGAUCUAAUGAACCACAACCACCGACGCAGCCACCGAUGACACCUGGAAUUACAGCUUCUGGCAUUCCGGGUAUCAAUACUAUCAUGGUGAACGAUCACGGACAAAUCCUAAACGCUCAACAAGUAGCAGCAAUUCAAGCGCAACAGAUUGCUGCAGCACAAGGACGCCGAUCUCGGCCCAAUUCUCCCGGCCUCCCCUUACCGACUCCUCUUGGACAAACAGCUUUCUCUUCUCCUCAACACAACGGAUUCUUGGCUGCGUAUGAGGGAGCGCCGAUCAUGAUCGGUGCAGGGAUGCCGGGGCUAGUUCCCCAGACGGGCCUGUUCGGUACCGGUGGCGAAGGGUAUCUGUCUGACCAUUCUGAGAUCAAUCGGGGCCGGUCGCCUAGAGGGCGCCGCGGGAGCUCCAAACCUCCCGAAGACCCGACCGAUCCCAAUUUGCUGAAAGAUAUCUCGACAUGGCUUCGAUCACUGAGACUACACAAAUAUACCGACAAUUUGAAAGAUCUCAAAUGGGAGGAAUUAAUACAGCUCGAUGACAAAGGGCUGGAGGCCCGUGGUGUGAAUGCUUUAGGUGCGCGAAAUAAGAUGCUCAAGGUAUUUGAGCAAGUCAAAGAAGCUCAGGCGGAAGGCAAGCUGUAG